AUGGAAGCACCAAUUUGUUUUACGCAAUACUUUGUGAACAAACAAAAUGUACGUUCUUUUGGAAACAUACUGAAAUCCAAUGUAACGAAGAAUAAAGACAUCGAGCCUUUUCUUCAACAUAUACUCGGAAAAAGUUUGAUGGGUGAAUUAUCUCCAGAAAUAAUACAGAUUCUAACCAUUUUAAGGAAUAAUGUUCACAAUAAGUCCAGAGAAAAUUUUAAAAAUGAUUUUUCUUCAAUACCUGAAGAAAAGUUAAUUUCGGUAAAUAAAUCUUUGAUUUUUACAUGUUGCUGGACAGCACUCAAUGAAAUAAUACCGAAAAAUUUCUUUGGAACCACCAAUAAUACAAAACUGUUGAAAAAAUUUAUUAAAUCUGUUGUGUUCAGUAUGAAACGUCAAUACAUGCCAUUAAAACAUUUUAUACAGAAGUGGGAUUUUACUGUACGACCUUGGAAUUUCUUUACAGUAGAUAUAUCAACAAAGAUCCUGUACAACAUUUUGAUUUGGAUGGUAAAGUUCAUACUAUCACCAAUGAUUUGUUUGAAUUUCUACGUAACAACAUGUAAAUUGGACUCUGAUGAAAACAAACUACAUUUUUUCUGGAAGAAUCAAUGGCAAAGCUUUUAUGACAAGAAGAUUUCAGACAUGAUAUUUUCAAAAGUUCUGAAACGAUUUGAUCCUUAUUGUAUAGGCAAAAAGGUGAAGAAAAACUAUAGUCUUAGAGAGCGAUCGAAAUUAAAGUUUCUACACAGAGAUAUUCCGAAGCUACAUUUAAUUUUAAAACCAAAUAGAGACUGCCGACCCAUAGUACGUUAUAAAAGUGAUCAGCAAUCUAAAACAGAAAAGUAUAAAAUAAAAGAAAAAUUACAUUUUUUAAAACUAUUAACAUGCAAGUCACAAAACAAGAUAGAAUCACAAUAUAACAAACUUUAUCAGAACUGGUCAGAUUUGAAAAAACCACCAUUGUAUUUUAUAAAAACGGAUCUCAGCAAUGCAUUUGGAUCUAUUAACAAAGAAAAACUGAUGAAAUUCUUGUGUGAAAAGCAUUUAAAUUUUCAGAAAACUGAGAAAAACAGUUAUUUCAAGAAGAAAGCUGCUCAACAAUAUAAAGAAAUUGUGGCUGAACUCCGAAAGCCAUUAUUAGUCCGUGCAGGAAAUACCGUUUUUGAAUGGAUGGAGGGUUUGGUACAAGGGUACAAGUAUUCUCCUGCACUAUCCGAAUUAUACUAUACCUGUCUUGAUGAAAUCUAUUUUGCUGAACAUCUCACCAAAUUAACAUCACAGAUAAAACUGUUUACUAGAGUUGUAGAUGACUAUCUUUAUGUUACAGACUCGUUGGAAGAUGCUCUUCUGUUUCUACAAGCACUGUUUAAUUUUAGAAAUGUAAAUUACGAAAAGACAGUUGUUAACUUUAAACAUGAAACAAUAAAGUCGAGUAACAUAAUAACUUUUCUUGGAUAUAGUUAUAAUACAAGUACGUUAGAAGUUAGCAGAGCACAUAAUGUGUUUGUUGGACAAAUGUGUUAUAAGAUGGCCUUUACCUCGGCAUUAGCAAACUUAAACAAGUUUCUAGAAAACCGAAUUGGUCAAUCUGGAAUACAAAUCAAUAAUCAUCUUUUCAACUUCAUCCACAACUCCGAAGAGUUAAUAUGGCAGCAUAUUUUUACUACUUUCUGCCUAUCAGCUAAUAAAUUUUGUACUAUAUUAGCCAUUUUAUGCGGAGAAGAAGAAAUGAAACACUACAUUUUGUUAUACAAAAAGAGAGUAGCCGUCAAAUUGAGUAAUAGUAUAAUCGGUACUUUAGUGAAGACUAAACCGGCAGAUUUUCAAUUUAUGUAUUGUAUAAAUCACUUCAGAUAUUUAGCUUUUAAGGCAUUGUAUCUAUGUGCAAAAGACACACCUAAAUGUAGUAGGCUGGUGCCGCUAAUAAAUUCUGAAAUUGCAAAAUCAAAUUGCCUGUAUGGAAAAUGGAGAGAUCACGCUUGUAGGAUUGAAACUAGUGGGGAGAUUCGACAGGCAGCUAUCAAAGAAAUCUGUAAAAGACAAGAAUUGAGAAUUAUAGUCAAGUCCUUUGGUACACUGCCUGAUGGUUUCCAAUGUUAUAAUCAUAAAAAGUUAAUGUAA